UAGACUUCCUCCAACAUCAGUUCUCAUUAGAAUUGUCAAUGGUGAUAUGUAAUAAAUAUUUCGCAAUUCGAAUACCUACGUAUUUUGUUAAACGGGAGAAUGAUCAAGACAUUCCCACUUCUAUUUAUAAUCUUCCACCCUCUUUCGGAGGCCGUAAUUACGUAUACUAUUUCCAGUAGUCAACAAACUAAUGAGUAUGGACAAAAAGAUUGCAUGGGGGUAACAAGAAAUGGAAUCAGAAUUCACGACUUACGCUUCGACGACGACCAAACAAGAAUGCUGAGCUAUCCAACUUUAUGUUGCGCUGAUUAUUAUUUACGAUUUUCUCGUUCGUCAGUACCAAUAUUGGCAACAUCUUCAUUUGGUACUAGACCUAAUUAUGUAGUGGACAUUAUGAUGAACAAUACGAACAUUUCCAAAAUAUUGCCUGGCACAUUCGCCGGACUAAACUAUUUGAAUUGUUUGGAUCUGUCUCAAAAUAACAUUAGUUUCAUACAAUAUGGAAUAUUCAACGGGCUACAGCGUUUAUACAUGUUGAACUUGGCAAAUAAUAACAUAAAACAAAUUUUUGAUAAUGCUUUCGACAAAGUUCCCCUCAAAACAUUAUUUCUACAAGAUAAUAUGUUAUCGUUUCUGGAUGAUAAUUUAUUUUCGUCUCAAAAAACUUCACUCAAAACAAUAAAUCUAGCGAAAAAUAUAUUGAAGGAGAUCAAUAAUACUUUCAUUGGGAUGAAUGCCUUGAUUACAUUGAAUUUGAACGAAAAUUACAUCACUGAUAUAAACCUUGGUAACAUAUACUGUAGUGAAAUAUAUCUUAGGAAAAAUAAAAUAUCACACAUAGGGGCAGUACGGAAAUCAAUCAGAAUUAUGGAUCUUAGUGAAAACAAUAUAAGAAUGGUUGAAAAAUUGGGCAAUUCUUUAAUCAAUUCAUCAAUUGUGAAACUUAAUCUAAGUCAAAACAGUAUUCAGCUAAAUCAAAACACAUUUCUUGGUUUACACAACUUAACUCAUCUCCAUCUCGACAACAAUAAAAUUGGUAAUAUUUCCAACACAGUUUUUCGAGAUCUCAAGUCUUUAAUUUUUUUAGAUUUAUCACAUAAUAAUAUUUCUAACUUUCAGUAUGGCACUUUCGAUCAUGUCAUCAAUAUGCAGUAUUUGAAUAUAUCUUACAACGAAUUCAAAAAUCUUCAAAUGCAUAUUAUCAGUCCAUUGCAGAAAUUAUCAGAGUUGGAUUUUCGAAAAAAUCGAAUUGAGAAACUUGAUAUAGAAUCAUUUUAUUACCACUGUUCUAGUGUGCGGAAGAUUGAUCUGAACGAAAAUUUUUGGAAGUGUAAGGAAUUAACAAAUAUUGUUAAAUUCUGCCAGAAGAAGAGCAUAGAAGUAGUGAGAGGUAAUUCCUUCGACUUGGAGAACGUAAGAGGAAUAUCUUGUGUAAAUGAUGAUUUUGUGAUAAAUAGCACUGUCUCUGAAAAUGCUAUAUCUGAAGUUGUUCAAACUGAAAAAAUGCCUUUCGAUGACAAAUUUAUGAAAAAUAGUUCAUUUUUCAGAUUUUUUGGUGAAGAUUUCCAAAAAAGUAAUUUUUACGAGUACCUUGAGAAUCUAGUCAGUCGAAAACAAAUAGAUCCAAUCGAUUUGAACAGCACUUCUUUCUAUAAAUUCUUCAACAGGGACUAUAAAAAUAGCAAUCUUUUCAAAUAUUUGGAAAAUUUGAAAUUUAUUGAUAAUACUAAGGUAACUGAAACUCCCGUUGAAUAUUUCCAUUAUCUCUUCAUAUUUGGCGUAACAUUAGUAGUUAUAUUAGUGUUGAUAUUCAUCACAGUGUUUGCAACAUCUUUAUCAAUAUUCAAAAAACAAUCAUCCAAAUCUACUAGAACUGUAUCCAACCAAGAUAAUGUUGAGCUUCUGUAAACUUCAUAUAUAUAAAAUAUACACAAAAGUAUCGAAUUUUGUUUAAUAUAUCUCAGUAAUAUACGAGUAUGGAUA